CAACCUCGUCUUUCUUCAAAGAAGCACCCAAGGUAGAUGUUGUCAAGGACAAUUCUCUAGCUCCGACACCGGACGGUGCAAUCAACGAAUCUAAAAUCGUUUCCUACCAAGUGGCAAUUGAUGAUCUGUUGAGAGCCGGAAGAUCCGAUGUGUCAGCCGACGUUCUUAUUGCCAUGAAAUCAAUAGUCAUUGCCUGUAAAGGCAUAACCGAAGAUGUUGAUGCACAUGAACAAAUCAAGGCGUCCUUGAUGAAAGCCGAAGAUAGAGAUAAAAUUCAGGCUCUGAAGAAUAAGCUUUCAGCCACCCUCACAAACCUCAUGACGGCUGCAAAAAAUCACGCAACCGGCUACGGUAUAUCUCCCGUUAGUCUGUUGGAUGCAGCGGCAAGUCAUCUGACAGCGUCGGUUGUAGAUCUAGUCAAACUCGUGAAGCUUAGACGCACCGGAGGACGCGAUAUAAAUAAAAAUGAACCCCCCUUGCCCGCCAAAUUAUCUCCUGACUACUUGCCCACCUCACCUCCUGACUCCUCAUCUAUCUCACCUCCCGGAACAAAUGCUUCCGACUCUAAGGCCGUAGAGAACACCAACGGACGUGAAGGCGUUGAUAUAGACGAAUUAAAAGAUUUUCUUGAACGUCAAACCGAGGCCAUCGUUCAAGCUAUUCAAACUCUUUUAGCGGCACUUCGAAAUCAAUCGUACGGGAAAGAACUUACUGAUAAUAUCAAUACGAUCACCACGAUAGUUUUGAAUGUCAUCGCUGUAUGUCGUGACUCCUUUGGUUCUACAUCAGGUGCCCCCUAUCGUGCACGUGGUGAGACGGUCUUGAAAGAGUUAGAGAAUAGUGUUGAAAAAUUGGAAGAAAUGCGUGAAACAAUAACAAAUGAUAGUGAGGACUUUUUAUCCAACAAAGCUUCCAAACAGCGGUUGGCAAGCGCUUCUUUUGAAAUUGCUAAAUUCACAAAAGAACUGGUUGGUCUAGUCGAAUAG